AGCCCCCGGUGCUCUACACACUAGGCAGUGGCCAGUGGUGGGAUGGGAAGAAGCUGGAAUGGCUGUGCGUUAACGUGGUAAGCUGUCCGGACCCCCCAGACUGGAUGCAGGUAAGGACAGGUGCUUAGCCAGAUGUAGACUCUUUUAGCCCCCUCCCAGCCACCAGCUCUGGUCUCAACCUUUGUCCAAGGCAAUGGGGAGGAGCAAGCAAGGGCGGGGCUGAACCCAGCCAGGGCCCAGUGGUUGCUUCCUGUUGGGCCCUUACCGGGUCAGCCCCUCCCGAGCCGGGCGGACUCUUGCGCUCUCUCAGUUUCGGUGAGACUGCCGGGGAUCUGGUUUCCCUUGGGGACGGGCGGAGCUUUGCGCUGUAGGAAGUCGAGGAGAGGGAUGGGCGAACGGCAAAACAGAAGGGAAAGACUGAGGAGAAGGAGAAGGUGGGAGGCGCCGAGCAGAUCCGGACUGAGCUUGAUCGCCCUGAUCUGGACACUGGGAUCGCCAGAGGCAUCUCGAUGCCUGGGGCAUAUCGGCCCUCCUUAGGGAAGCUUUCAUCCGGGUGGAGAGCAGUGAGUAAGAGGAGGGACCAGGAGAGAGGAGCGGGACACACCAGCUCCGAGACAGCGGGAAGUCCACAUUCUCUCCGCUGGAUUUCGCAGGUCGCGCGGGUAUAGAGGUGCCAAUUUCGCCAAAGUGAGGGACCCGUCACCCCCCGGCCGCCGAGAUGAGGACGCCCGUGGUCAUGACUCUGGGUUUAGUGCUGGCCCCCUGCGGCUUGUUACUGUGCCUGGUCUGCACGCUGACGCCGGGUUGGCGGCAGGCAACAGGUUUCCUCGAUCAGCCGGUGGACUUGCUGGUGACCCAGGGACUCUGGGACAUGUGUAGAGAGCAGAGCAGCCGCGAAAGCCAGUGCGGGCUGCCGGAUGAGCUGGGGUAUUUCUCCGCGGAGCCGGUGCGGGCGGCUCGCGCUCUGACCGUCACGGGACUGGCCACCACAGCCGUGGGGCUGCUGCUGGCCUCCCUGGGGGUGCGCUGCUGGCACAACAAGCCCCGCGCCUGGCUGGCCGGAGCCUCGGGGCUCGUGCUCUUUGCCGCUGGCCUCCUCGGACUCAUCCCGGUGGCUUGGUACAGGCACGUCCUGCAAAACCGCACCGUUCUUCCCGCGCAGCCCAGCCCCGUCCAGCUGCGAGUUGGCUACAGCUUAGUGCUAGGCUUUCUGGGCAGUUGCCUGCUGCUAGUGGGGGGCUUCUCCCUGGCACUCAGCUUCGCCCAGGUCUGCGAAGAGUGUGCCCACCGUCCCAAGGCGUACCCGGCUACGCGCCGCAGCAGUCUUAAUACGGUGCAGAUACAAUGGCCUGAAGCUCCCACGGUUCCAUCGAUCUUGUCCCAGCGCAACCAGAACCGGCUUCAGCCUCAGGGUGGCCCGAAGCCCCGAGUGGGCUUCAGGAUGCCUCGGCCGGCAGCCUAUACGAACCCAGAAGAUGUACUGAAGGGGGAGCAAAGCAGCAGCCGGCAUCCCGGCUCUGUUAGCACGCUGCCCUGUGACUCGGACCUCUAACUAGCCAGGUCCCUCCUUUUGCCUGGAUUUCUGAUCCUGGUCUGCUCAAAUGAAUGCGAUGGAACCCACUGAGAGACACUAGGGCUGCUUGGGAUCCAUCAUUGCUGACAGGUUCCCGCUCUGGCUCCUACUGCUUUCGAAAGGAUUGCCGUUUUAAGGUGCUUAGGGUUUUAUUGAACGUUAAGCCUAGAAGGGACUUUAAGUAAGUCAAAGCAUUUCCUAGAAGCAACUAGGUGGAACUGUGGAUAAAGUACUGGACUUGAACUCAGGAAAACCUGAAUUGAAAUCAGGCCCCUGACACUUCUAGCUCUGAAACCCUGGUCAAGUCACUUAAUGGUCAAGUGGAGAUAAAAAUAACACCACCUACCUCCCAGGGUUGUUGUGGGAAUCGAAUAAGAUAAUAUUUUUUUUU